AUUAAAUCAACCAUGAUAUCUCAGUGCUUCCUGUUUCUUGCUCUCUGUGGCGUAUCACUUGCCCAUCUUGGAUAUAUGGUCGAGGACAAAUAUCCAGUCUAUGAGCACUAUGCCCCAAAACCCUACAAAUUCGGAUACAGCAUCAAAGACAAACACGGAGAACAACACAGAGAAGAAUCCGGUACUGGAGGACAACACGUUGUCGGUAGCUACGGAUUCACCGAUGCCCGAGGAAUCAAAAGACAAGUGAACUACGUCGCUGACAAAGCCGGAUUCAGAGCCAAGGUCCAGACCAACGAACCAGGCACCGCCAACCAGAACCCAGCCGCAGUACUCAUCGCCUCCGAUGCUCCAUAUGUUGGUGGUGAAGGAUACCUGGGCGUACCAGCAGCAACUGCAGGAUACGGUCUUGGAUACGGAUAUGGUGGCGUUGGUGCAGGAGAUCUUGCAUAUGGUGGAGCUUAUGGUGGAUAUGGCGGAGCUUAUAACGGAUAUGGAGGCCCUUAUGUCGGAUAUGGAGGACUCGGCUUAGGAGGUUUAGGAUACGCAAGAUACGGAUAUUAAUGAUUAGAUAAUUAA